CCGCGGGCCCGUGACCGAGACCCGCCUUGUGUGUCCCAGGGGCCGAGGAUGGUCUCCGCCAGGCAGCUCGCGGACGCUGGGUACAAGGCCUUCUCCGGCUCCAUGAUGCUGCUGACCGUCUACGGGGGCUACCUCUGCAGCGCCAGAGCUUACCGCUACUUCCAGCGCCAGAGAGCCCUGCGGCAGCUCGAGCAGAACCCGCCCAGCACGGACUGA